GAAUUUUGAUAAGAAUAAAGAUAGAUAAACAUUUAAAACAAUGCAAGAGGACGUUUUUCCUGCCGCUGAGAAAAUAUUGUCUGAUGUUGAAAAUAUCUUCAAGAAAGAUAUAGAUUUAACCAGCUUUGAAAUUAUUCCAGUGGAAGAUAAUCAAAAUAAAUCGCCUGUACUGCAUGACAAUAAUUCCUUGGGACUUGCAUCAUGGUGUAUUCGACCUCUUUUUUGUUAUGUUUAUAAUCGUUUAUUUGAUUUAAGAUUAAAUCAAUGUCGCCGGGAACAUUCAACUGUAAUUUCAAAAUGGCUUUUAGGAGCACUUUUAUUAAAUCCAGAUAUUUUAACUUUUUGGAAUAUGAGAAGACAAUUUAUUCGAAAUGGUAAACUUGAUCCUAUGGAAGAACUGCGAUUUGUAAAUAUUGUACUUUACUAUAAAGCAAAAUGCUUUGAAGCUUUUUCAUACCGGCGUUGGAUUUUGAAAUUAUUACUUUUUAAAAAUCAAGAUGCGAUACAUAAAAUAGAAUUAUUAUUUCGUAACGAAAUUCAAAUUUCUUCUAUGGCAGCAAAUAGAUAUUCAAAUAAUUGCCAUGCAUGGAAUCAUCGGAAAUAUAUUAUUUCAAUGUUUGAGACUGUAUGUAUCAGUGUAUUUGGUAGUCUUUUAGAUAAAGAAUGGGAAGAGUCUACGAGUUGGUGUAAUUCUCAUGUUUCAGAUUACAGUGGAUAUGAUUAUCGUCAAUUUUUAUUGAAAAGAUUACUUUUACGUAAGCGACGAUAUGAUCAGACAAAAAUAUGUUCAAAUGUUUUAGAAAAACGUCGAGAUAUUAUUAUUAAAUUUGUUCAGAAUGCAUUACAUGAUUAUAAUAAUGUUUUUCUACAUACUAACUCUUAUGAAAACAUUUUAAAUUUAUUACAUGGAGUGAAUUUUACAAAAUAUUCUGAAGUGACCUUCGAACAAACAUUGAUUAAUCUUUCAUAUUGGGUUGAAGAUUGUAUUAUAAAUACGAAGUUACUUCAGACAUUUUCAGGACAUGAAACUUUAUGGUAUCAUCGACGUUUUCUUGUAUCCUCUCUUCUUGCUUUAAAUAAUUCUUAUACAAAUUUUUUUUUGUAUAAAAUUGAAAAUCUAAAUUCUACAGUUGCAACUACAAAUAUAUCUAAAAGCUUAUUAGAAAUUGCAUUAAAAAUGCAAAAUAAAGAUUUAAUAGAUGUUGCAAAACGAAUCAGUUUUAUUAAACCAUACUGUGCAAGAUAA